AUGGUUCUUGACAUCGACUUAUUCCGCACUGAGAAGGGUGGAAAUCCUGAUCUGAUCCGUGAUUCUCAACGCAAGCGCUUCAAAGAUGUCGCUCUUGUCGAUAAAGUUAUUGAGCUGGAUGAGAACUGGAGAAAGCUAAGAUUUUCUGCCGAUCAGUUCAAUCGCCAGAAGAAUGUAUUCAGUAAGGCUAUUGGGGAAAAAAUGAAGAAAAAAGAACCACAAGGAGACAAGGAUGAGGUUUCUGCUGACAUCGUUGAUAAGCUUGAUAGUCUCAAGAUUGAUGAACUUUCGGCUUUGAACGUUGUUCAAAUCAAGAAAUUGAAAUCACUAGUUGAUCAAAAAAUUGAGGAAAUCAAGGUUGAUAUGGAGAAAUGCGAAGCUGAACGUUAUAGUAAACUAACUUUAAUUGGAAACUUACUUCAUGAUUCCGUCCCUGUUUCUGAUGACGAGGCAAACAAUAGAGUUGAACGUACAUUUGGAGACAUCCAAGGCAGGAAGAAGUAUUCUCAUGUUGACUUAGUUGUGAUGGUUGAUGGUUUCGAUGGAGAACGUGGAACUGUAGUCGCUGGAGGCCGUGGCUAUUUCUUAAAAGGACCAUUGGUAUUCUUGGAGCAAGCUCUCAUUCAACUUGCUCUGAGAUUACUUUCUGCGAAAGACUUCACUCCUCUAUACACUCCAUUCUUCAUGCGCAAAGAAGUUAUGCAGGAAGUAGCCCAACUGAGUCAAUUUGACGAUGAACUCUACAAGGUGAGCAGUAAAGGUUCUGAGCUUGCGGACGACAAAACAGUUGAUGAGAAGUAUCUGAUUGCAACUUCUGAACAGCCCAUUGCUGCAUAUCAUAGAGAUGAAUGGAUCAAGGAAGACACUCUCCCAAUCAAAUAUGCUGGAGUCUCAACUUGCUUCAGACAAGAAGUAGGAAGUCAUGGAAGAGAUACUAGAGGAAUUUUCAGAGUUCAUCAGUUUGAAAAGAUUGAGCAAUUUGCUAUUACUUCUCCAAAUGACAAUGCUUCAUGGUUAACCUUCGACGAGAUGAUCAACAACGCCGAAGAAUACUACAAAGCUCUGGGAAUCCCUUACCACGUUGUUGCAAUCGUCUCAGCGGAAUUGAACCUUGCUGCUGCUAAAAAACUUGACUUGGAGGCUUGGUUCCCUGGUUCUGGUGCUUUCCGUGAGCUUGUUUCCUGCUCCAAUUGCCUGGACUAUCAAGCAAGAAGAUUGAAAGUCAGAUAUGGUAUGACUAAGAAGCUAGAUGGAGAAGUUUCCUUCGUUCACAUGCUGAAUGCUACCAUGUGCGCUACUACUAGAGUUAUUUGUGCUAUCCUUGAGAACUAUCAAACCGAAUCUGGAAUUGAAGUCCCAACUGUGCUUCGAGAGUUCAUGCCACCAAAGUACAAAGAGUUCAUUCCUUUCGUGAAACCAGCUCCUAUUGAUGAGGAGAACAAGAAAAAAGGAGGAAAGUAA